AUGCUGAAAAUUGUGGUUUUUGCGGCUUUUAUAGCCACGGCAGAAGCAAAGUUGAUCCGUCGACUUCAUUGCUCUCCUCCUGUGAGGAAAAAACUUCGGAGAAAAGUAAAUCCGUAGUUUAGGAUGCUCCGAUGACGAUUUUGCCCGAAGAGUUCCCGAUUUCCUUGGCUUUUGAACGGCCUUUGAAGAAUGGCGACCGGUUUCGUUUCUCCUUCGUCUUCAAUUCUGACGGCGAAGACGAGUUCGUAUUUCUUCGAAGUAUUCAUAAGUUCAAUUUCAUGUGUUUCCUACUAUUUCGACCGCUUUAACAUACUUCUUUCCAGACAGCUCAAAUCUGUUGAGCCUCAUCCUGUAAAUCCAAAAAUAGUUUUUCCAGUUUCCAGGGAGUUUCCAACCUUGAUAAAUGAUAAAAGUUAAAUAAUAAAACAAACCAAUAAAGAGUUUCGCUCUGUCUGCUCGUCGUUAGACCUCGCGUUGAAAUUGCCCCUCUUGCCAGUCUGAUCCGCUCUUUUCACAUUAUUCAACAGAAAUCUCUUUGAACUUGAACUAUCGGGAACUCCUUUCACUAAGAAGAUCGCUGCAGCUCGACAAUCGACGUGCAGCAAUACGGCAACGUGCCGACCUUCAUAACGCUCCAUUUGCGCUUCAGGUCCGACGAAAAGCGCCUCGUCAUCAACGCACACGAGGUCCUUCUUAUCUUUUUUCAACUUCUCACGUUCGCAGAAAACAAAAAUUAGGAACUCAACCUUUUCAUAAAAAAAGGCGAUUUUCGCAGGUGACAGGAAUCUGGCAACAGGGCAAGGAGAAGUCGGUUCCCUGGAAGGACCACUGGAGGCCAAACGCCACUAUCACAAUCGAAAUUCGGUUGGCUUUUCCAUUAAAGUUCUAUUUUUCCAUUUCAACUCAAUCUGAAUAUAUUAAUAAAUAAGGAGCUUCAUUUGCACAAAAAAGUUUUUUUAAAUCUUUAUCAGGGGCAGAGAUUAGGGGAACAGUUCCACAUCUGAUUAAUCAUUUUCACAGUUAUCUACUUUUUUCGGCCAACUGUUCCGCGCAUUUCAGUAGGCCAUUUUAUGUCUCAUUGGAGAUCUUUUCAGUUACAUGAACACCAUAUUCGAAAUAUACGAGGUGACUCCGAACGGAGCUCAGCUGUUGACCAAGUUCUCGAACACGGUUAUCCGCCACGAUAUGUUCACCACCUCUGGAAAGGCCUUUUCUCUGAACGCGGUUCAAUUAGUUUGUGUCUGA